AUGUUCAGAUUUCUUGGGAAACUAAUUAAACAGACUCCUAAAGAAUGUUUGUUGCAUGACCACUAAAAAUUCCCAAAUAUAUUGGCUAAUGAAUAUUGCCAAAGUUGUGAACAAAAGUUUUGUUACAUGUGUGGCAAUGAACAUAUUCGUAAACAUCAUCCAGUGAGAGUUAGCCUUCAUUCUCAUGCCAAUAUGAAUAUGGAACAUAAUGAAUACUUGACAGAGAAGGACAAAUUAAAUUUAGAGACAUUAAGAGCAUUUAACACAGGAUCAUUAAUUUAAUUGGACAUAAACAAAUUGCAAUGUAUAUGUGGCAAGCCAGCUGAUGAAAAUACAGCCAUUUGUGCAGCUUGCGGCAGUGCCACAUGUUCAUAAAAAUGCCAUCAAGAGUUGGAGCAUUAAGAUAAAUGCAAAUUUCAUCAUAAUUUCACAGAGAAAGCAGAGUUAGUAUCUCUUAGAUCAAUUUUGCUAAAGAAUGCUUAUUUUCUCUUUGAUAGAGGAUAUGCAUAAGGCACUGUGUUUGGCAGAACUUCCUAAAAUUUCAUAUCUGCAAUGCUCACAAACCAAAGGUCAUCAAUAUUUUUACAAAGAGGAUUUAGGCAGUAUGGAAAUCCUGAGAUUUAAACACUAAAUGCAAUGGAUAUUGUAAAAGGGGCUGAUCUCGAUAAGGAAGUACAUUUAAUGAGGGCUUGUCAAUGCAAAUGUUCAACUUGUAAAAGUCUUGGUUAUCACCCUAUGCAUGUUUGCUAAUUGGUUUGUAAAUCGAGGGAUUUAUUUAUCUAUCGAUCCUAUGAUGAAGAAAAUCCUAUUGAAAAAAAGGAAACAUGUGAAUGCUAAUGUAAAUUUUGUUCAUCUGGCCAAACUGUUUUAUCACACAAGAAAAUAGAUUGUUGUUUAAAGUGUGAAUUUAAAUAAAAUGUUGAUUUUUGAAUAAAAUUGUAUAUCCAAUAGUAAAUAAUAAUUUAAUA